UAAGGAGAUAAGUGGGUAGAGGGGGGUCAGAGCAGUGAACAGUGGCGCCGUGACUCGCUUUGAACCUCCCUAGCAGCGAGGCACUCAGCGUGGGAGUCACAGACUCUAUUCGAGUCGCCACCAAGCACGAGGCUACCACUGGUUGCCGCCAUUGGGAGAAUAUUGACACCCCCAACUAAUACAGUCCAAGGCUUUUGACGUACUUAUUUGAUUCUUUAUGCGAUCGAAACAGGACUCCUUGAAGGACUUUUGGCACUUGAAAGAGACUAUUAUUUUUUUACACUUCGCGUCAACAGAAAAACAGGAUGGGGCGAUUCGGUCCCCUUCUUAAGUUCAUAGUCCUCCUGGUGGUUGUGGAGCGAUGGUCGCCCUCACACGCGGUCCACAAGUCUUACCUCUACCGCUAUGGAAAGGACGCCGGGGACACCCGCUUGGCUGCCGAGGACGACAUAUCCUCUCCAGAGAUCAACUUGAGGGCUCCCAUCAUAUUCUUCGGCCAGAUCUACCAGUCAAUUUUUGUGAACUCCAAUGGCUUCAUUUCAUUCCUGACUGAAAUACCAAACUUCUUCAAUGUCCAGUUUCCGCUCGAGUACCCCAUAAUUGCACCUUUCUACUCUGAUGUCGAUUCCAGGCUGGCGGGAGACAUUUGGUACAGAGAGACAUCAGAUCCAGGUACAGUGUCACGAGCCAAGUUUGACCUACAGCAGUACUUCACCAGUGCUGCUAACUUUGUCCCACAGGGCAUCUUCAUAGUUACCUGGGAGGGUGUGGGCCCCUACAACCAGCGAACAGACAAGAUAAACACCUACCAACUGGUCAUCGUCACUGAUAUGCUGGAUACAUAUGUAAUGUUCCACUAUGCUGAUGGUGGAAUUCAAUGGCUUCAGGGUGAUGGCAAAAAUCCCAGCAUACCUGAUGCCAGGGGCCAGGCAGGCCUCAUUUCUGGUGAUGGAAGGUUCCACAUAUUAAGAGGUUCUGGAACAGACCAAGUUAGGAGCCUUGACAAAUGGAGCAACUGUGAUAAUCCAGGAGUGUGGAUGUAUCGUGUUGGACAGUUAAGUUUGGAGCAGAAUGUUCAGUCCCCAGAUACUGGCACCAGUGAAAGCAAAGGCCACAAAAGUGAGACCCAAUCAUGUGCUGUGGGAGGAUCCAUGUGCCAUUCCAACUCUAUUUGCACUGAUUAUGCAUCUGGCUUCUGUUGCAGUUGUAAAGAGGAAUAUUUUGGGAAUGGCAUUAACUGUGUAGCUAAGGAGGCACCCCUGCGUGUUGUUGGAAAGGUUGUUGGUAAUAUCAAUGGCAUGGAAUUAGAAGACUCUGAUCUCCAUGCCUAUGUACUGACAGCAGAGGGCCGGAGCUAUACUGCCAUUUCAAGAAUACCAUCACAGAUUGGCUAUGAUUUGCAGAGUAUUAUAUCUCUUGGAUCUGGCAUUGCGUGGCUAUUUGCAAAAUCCAUCGAUGAUACUGCCAAUGGAUUUUCCAGUACAGGUGGUGUACUGAAUCGUACAGUGGAGGUGGACUUCCCCCAAACAGGUCACCAUGUGGUUAUCCAACAGCAUUUUGAAGGACUUGAUGUUUUCAACAACAUCCAAGUCAAAACUCAUAUCACAGGAUCUGUCCCAACAGUUCCUCUUGGCUCCAAGAUUGAGAUGGAUGCCUUUAGUGAGGAAUACACCAGAGUCAAAUCAGGCCAGCAGAGGGCACGAUCUAGCAGAGUAUUUCGUCUGAAGGGACAAAACAUUGACACGCCUUUCUCUGUUGAAACUAUUAUUGACUACAAUGAGUGUACAUGGAAGGAUCGAGGUCCAGAUGAGCAAGAUACACUUAGACUGAAGGUGGCUGAAAACAUCUUCAUUCAGUAUGAUGCUCCAGAGGAGAUUGUCCGCUAUGCUCUCUCCGCCAAGGUGGCUCCUCUUGAAGAGGUGGACCCAUGUGUUGAGGGACGGCAGGAGUGUGGACAAAACAGCCAGUGUGUUGUUGAUGGUGAUACUUUUAGAUGUGUAUGUGAACGAGGGCAUGAAGAGGUUUACGAUGCAACAUUGAAUGAAGAGAUUUGUUUGGACAUAAAUGAAUGUGACACAGGACGAGACAACUGCCAUGUGGAUGCCACCUGUGUCAACAACCCCGGCAGCUUCACCUGCACAUGUAAUCCAGGAUUUACUGGAAAUGGAGCAAUCUGUGAAAGAGCAGCAAGUUGUGAAGGAAUCCCUUGUGACUCUAAUGCUGUGUGUGAACUUCGCUUGGCAAAACCCCGGUGCUUUUGUCUUCCUGGUUUUACUGGAGAUGGACUUGUAUGUGUUCGCAAUGACGAAGUGGCUUCAGUUGUUCAGCAACGUGACUGUGUCGAUGAUGAUAUUUGUAGCCCUUAUGCUGAUUGUCAAUACGAUGAUGCAGUCAGAAGUUUUCGAUGUGUGUGUUUCCCAGGGUACAGUGGAGAUGGAGAGACUUGUAACCCAAUUGCUGCACAAGAAAGCUGUGAGACAGCUAGGAAUUGCUCACCAUAUGGUGUGUGUACAAGAACAGAAGAUGGCUUUAAAUGUCAAUGUCUCCUAGGCUUCAAAGGUGAUGGCUACACCUGUGAUACUGCUGACCCUAUUUCACCACCCUAUCAACCACCUCAGCCUGAACAGCCUCAUCAACCUGAACAACCAUAUCAGCCAGAGCAGACAUAUCAGCCAGAGCAACCUCAGCAGCCAUACCAGCCUGAGCAACAUCAGCGGCCAGAACAACAUCAGCCAUAUCAAACAGAGCAGCCUCAGCAACCAUAUCAGACAGAGCAGCCCCACCAAACCCAACUGCCACAUCAGCCAGAGUUAGCAGCACCAGAGUGUCUGUUUGGUGUUUGCUGGUGCCCCGGAACUCUCUCCUACAACAGUCGACUUAAUAUUUGCGAGCCAGGGAAAGAGCCAUCAUUAGUGCCAGGAGACAGCAGUAAUCUGACUCCACAACCCUACUGUAGUGCUGCAAAAUGUACCUGUCCUCUUGGAUACAAAUACAAUUCAGUUCUGAACUCAUGCGAGUCUACAGAAGGUGUUCCCUGUAAUAAGGUCAACAACUGCCAUCCCAAUGCACAGUGCAUCUAUGAGAGCUAUUCUCAGACUUAUUCAUGCCAAUGUAAUGUUGGAUAUGAUGGGGAUGGCUACGACUGCACUGAGUUUGAUGUAUCUUGUGAUACUGUAGACAUCUGCCACAUCCACGCCCAGUGUCUGUUUGAUGAUUACGCUCUCCAACAUGUGUGUGUUUGCCUUGAAGGUUAUCAAGGUGAUGGCCUUGUCUGCACCCCUCAAGAUGAGUGUAGCAGUGUUACAGACUGUGACACCAAUGCUCAAUGUCUGUACGAGAGCAAAAGUCAGCGUUACAAGUGCGAGUGUAAUGAUGGCUAUGAAGGGGAUGGCCGCACCUGUACACCCAAGGGAGAAGCAAGCUGUAAUAUCGUCAACAACUGUGAUGCCAAUGCUGACUGCAUUUAUGAUACAUAUGCUCUGGUGUACCGUUGCCAGUGCCGAGAUGGUUAUGAAGGAGAUGGCAGCUUCUGUACACCAACUCAGGUUGGAUGUAAUGUUGUUUACAACUGUGGUGACAAUUCCGAGUGCUCAUAUGAUCGAGAUGCUCAGGGUUACCGAUGUCAGUGUAGCGAGGGCUUCGAAGGUGAUGGAUUCUUCUGUCAGUCAUCAAGAUCGUGUCAUUCAGAUAGUUCAGUGUGUCAUCCUCAAGCUGUUUGUCUGCCUGAUCCUGCCUCUACAUUUGGUUACUCGUGUAUCUGUCGUGACGGUUUUACAGGUGAUGGAUAUAACUGUCAAGAGGCAGCAGAUCAUGAGAAAAACAUUUUGCUUCUUAACCAAGGAUUAUCUGUCCUUCGAAUGCCUAGUGAUAUACGUUCUGGAAUUGGCUUCCCUAUCCAUGUUGAUCCCUUCAUGACAGCUGUGGGAGCUGAUGUUGACUGUCUGUCAGGCCGUUACUAUUGGACAGAUGUCAGAUCGUCAUCCAUUCGAUCCUCCAAAUAUGAUGGCACAGAACGGAAACCCAUAGUGGCAGGAGAUGGAAUUGGUUCUCCUGAAGAUGUUGCUGUUGAUUGGGUGUCAGGAAAUGUCUACUGGACAGAUUCAGUGAAUGAUGCUAUAUCUGUGGCAUCUAUUGAAGAUGGAAAACAUCGUGUGAUUAUCAAAGAUGGCCUCGUCAAUCCUCGUGGUAUUGCUGUGCAUCCAGGCUUUGGCCUCCUAUUUUGGAGUGAUUGGAAUCGCCGUGGCCCAAAGAUUGAGGUGUCUGGACUAGAUGGGUCAAAUCGCAGAGUACUCGUUGAUCAAGAUAUUGAACUGCCAAACUCCCUGGUAGUGGAGUAUGAUGCUGGGACGCUCUGCUGGGCUGAUGCUGGGACACACAAAAUUGAAUGUGUUGGGAUUCAUGGUAGUGGUCGACGGGUGGUGAUGGAAGGUGCUCGGUACCCAUUUGGCCUCACUCUCCUGGGUCAGGAAUUCUUCUUCACUGACUGGAAUGAUACAAAGAUCCAUACCAUUAAUCGCUACUCGGGAUUAGAGUCUCCUGUUCGGGUCCCCCCUCCUGGAGGGUCUGGUAAACUAUAUGGCAUUGUUGCAGUUCCUCCCACAUGUCCACCAGUGUCCAAUGUGUGUGCAGCAAGUGAUGGAGGAUGUCCAGAAACACACCUGUGUCUUCCUAAUGGCCGACGAGGUCGUACUUGUGCCUGCACAGAUCUUGCUGCACAGGAUGAGGAGAACCCCUGUACUGACUACAACUACUGAGUUCCUUAACCUAAUCAGAAUUACUCAGUAGCAUAACUUGAUCAAGAUCAUUUAGUGACUAUAGCGUACAUAGAUUUCAGAAUAACGACCUACAGUGUAUUAAUUAGCAGUUACCGAGUGAACUUUAGUGACAUUGCUGCUAAACUCUAGUAAAUGUAACCUAAUUUUGUGACCACUGCAAAAUUUACCUAAACUUAUGAUCUCUACUGGGUUGAUUUAAGCUAAUGUCCACUACAGAGUUGACCUAAGCUGAUGGUGACUACAACAUCGAAUUAAGCUGAUGACUAAGCUACAGUAUCAACCUUAGCUGAUGACCAACAUGGAUUAAUUUACUACAGUUGUACUGCUGCCAAUUGCAGUAUGCUCUAAACUUAUGAAAGAAAUGUGAUACUUAGUAGUGUAUGUGCAUAUUAUAUAUAUUUACAUAUGUACAUAGUGCUACAAAAAUCAUAAAAAAUGUGAUUUGGAGCCAUAUUCAUACCCUAAUAUUUCCCAUGCACUAUGGGCUAAUUUCACAGAGUGAAAUUUUAAUUUCAACCAAUCAUAUGAAGGAAAACUACCAUGAGAACCUGUAUGUAGUGUGGUUUCACCACAUUUAGCACAUUUCAUAUGCCCCAGCCUGUAAACCUCAUUUUAGAAGGAAGAAAGGCCCAUAUUUGAGUGACUGAAAACCAGGGGAACCUCAAAAUGAAAAAUCAUAGAAACUGGUUUUAAAUAUUCUCAACGCCAAGACCCCAUCUCAUGCUCCUAAUGUUGCAACCAUCUACAAAAAUCCUUAAACAUAUGAUUGGAGCAUUAUUAAGUGUUACCAUUCAUAACCUAAUAUUUCCCAUGCUCUAUGGGGUUAAUUUUACUUAGCAAAAUUUUAAUUUCAACCCAUCAUAUGAAAGGCAACUAUCAAGAGAACCUGUAUAUAAAGUGAUUUCACCGCAUCCGGUAUAUUUCCCACACUCCCAGCCUUGAAACUUCAUUUCCAAAGGAAAACAUGUCCAUAUUUCAGUGAACCAAAACCUUUGUAACUGGAAAUGAAAACGAACUACAGAAUACUUUUAAAUAUGCUCAGUGGCUUCCCCAAGACCCCAUCUUUCUCUUUUAAUAUUGCAUCCAUCUAGGAAAAUCAUUAAAAACAUAAUUUGUCAUAUUAAAGAGAGCAUUCAUACCCCUAAAAUUUCCAUGCUCUAUGGACUAAUUUCACAGAGUGAAAUUUUAAUUUCAACCAGUCAUAUGAACGACACCUGCCACUAGAACCUGUCUGUAAUGUGAGUUCACUACAUCCAGCAUAUUUCCUAUGCCCCAGCUUUGAAACUUCAUUUUGAAAGGAUGAAGUCCCAUAUUUUAGUGAAGGAAAAUCGCUGAAAUUAGUAAUGGAAAAAAAACCAUAAUAUUUAGUUUUAAAUAUCCUCACUAGCUUUACAAAGGCUCCAGCCAUUUCAUGUAAUGUUGCAUCCAACUAUGAAAAUCAUUAAAAACAUGAUCAAGUGAAAUAUUUAUUUCAACCUAUCACAGGCAACUUUCUCACCAGUCUGUGAACUCUAGCCCAACAUCCUAAGCAAAUCAGCACAUCCCCCAAUUCACCAAACUCUAGUUCGUCAAAUCAAAUUGGGUGAGUAAAUCCAGCCUGAAAAGUGUGUCUUUUAACCAAAAAUUUGCAGACGAGGUUUGUUGAACCUAGGUUUUACAUGUAUAUUGUAUAUCGUGUCUUUGAUUAAUGAUAAAACCCACGAAAAAGUAAGCUGGCUCUUAACUACCUGGAAAGGGUAAUUAAAAUGGCAAUUGCUGUUGAUUAUAUUUUAAGGUGGCUGUAAAUAUGUCGAUGAUAAUUGCAGGAGCUUAAAGUUAACUACACUUAUUAUUUAAACUUAAGCUGAUUAUAAGUAUCUGUUAGGAUGAUUGGAAUGAGUCAUGCUAUUAUAUAAUGAAUUUUAUUAUAAAUGAACAAUAUUUCGGUGUAAUGAUUUCAACUAAUGGUCAACUGGUUAAAAUAAGAAAAAGCAAUAUUCUCAAUAAUGGAGCCAGUUAGUCAUUCAUGGAACUGUAUUUAAGGUUAUUUGUGAUGUAAUAUAUUGAUACUGUUAUAUAUCAUGAUCCCAUUUAUAUAGUGUUGCCUAUGACACCUUCAUUACUUAAGUUGACUGCGCCUCAAUAAAUAUGCAUUACUGUAAUUAGGAAUGUUAUCAUCGCAAGAGUGAAACCAGUUGUUAUGAGUGAAUCAUAAUUCUGAUAAACCUUUUUAAGGUAAGUUGUCAAUGUUUUAAUAUGCAGUGUUCAGUGCAUUUUUCAACAAUCACUCAUUGUAUGCAUCAUUAAGUAGAUUUGUGAAGUAUUAUUGAUGCACUUUUAUAAUGACUGAAUUUAUUCUUGUCAUCAUGGCCACUAAUAUCAAUUUGUGUAUAGUAGAAAUAAAUUAUUUACUUAAUCUAAA